AGGCAUGAGACGCGGCGGAUCAAGAGAGUUGCGUCAGUUGCGCAGACGCCUGCAGCGCAGCCUGGACUUGCGCCUGACGCGUUGGUCGCCGAGCGGACACACAGGAAAAGUUCUCAUCAACGAGAGGCAGUCUGCUGUCUUUUAUGCCUCCUCGACACUUUCUCUUCCACCGCAGCGUGUUUUGUGCUCCGCCGCGCACGUCCGGCACCGAACUCCUGCUUCUUUUUGGGUGAUUAUCUUUCUUUUUCUUGGUUUUUUCCUUUUUUUUUUUUUGGUCUUUUCUUGGCUGGUGUUGGCCAUGGAGCUGCUGUGCCUGGAAAUGGACACCAAUAUUCGGGCUCGUCCCGAUCCGAACCUCCUUUGUGAUGAUCGAGUCCUGCAGAGCUUGCUGACCAUCGAGGAGAGGUUCCUACCUCAGUAUUCCUACUUUAAAGGCGUGCAAAGAGACAUUCAGCCUUUCAUGCGCAGAAUGGUCGCCAUUUGGAUGUUGGAGGUUUGCGAGGAGCAGAAGUGCGAGGAAGAAGUUUUCCCCUUGGCCAUGAACUACUUAGACAGAUUUCUAGCAGUGGUCCCCACCAAAAAGUGCAACCUGCAGCUGCUGGGAGCAGUUUGCAUGUUUCUUGCAUCCAAAUUGAAAGAGACUCGUCCAUUAACUGCGGAGAAGCUUUGCAUCUACACAGAUAACUCCAUCAGACCACAAGAACUGCUGGAAUGGGAACUGGUGGUGUUGGGGAAGUUGAAGUGGAAUUUGGCGGCGGUGACACCGAACGACUUCAUCGAGCACAUAGUGAGGAGGCUGCCGCUGCCCGAGGAUAAACAGACUCUUAUACGCAAACAUGUCCAGACCUUCAUCGCCCUCUGUGCCACAGAUUUCCGAUUCGCCAUGUACCCUCCAUCCAUGAUUGCCACUGGAAGUGUGGGGGCUGCAAUCUGUGGCUUACAGCUGGACUCGGCAAACCAGUCCCAGUGGGGGGACAGUCUGACAGACCUGCUGGCCAAAAUCACAAACACAGAAGUGGAUGUUCUGAAAGAGUGCCAGGAGCAGAUUGAGCGCGUGUUAGAGAGCAGCCUGCGUGAGGGCCGGCAGCAGCAGCAGCAGCAGCAGCAGCAGCAGACCCAGCGAGGCCCCAGCACUAAAGGCCUGGACGAGCUGGACCAGUCCUCCACCCCGACAGACGUCCGCGACAUCAACUUGUGAACCGCCGGAGUACGCCGCUGCACCAGGAUUUACAAGGAGAAGAAGAAAAAGAAAAAAAUAAGAAUCACGAAAAGAAAAAAAAGAACAAAAAAACAAAAUGUUAAAAACACAAGCCCUUUAAAAGAAAAAGAACAAUGCUUGCUAGUUUUUUUGUAGGUUUUUUUUUUCUGUUUCUUCAAGACAACGACAACAAAGAAAACGCCUGCCCCCGCGAAAUAGAUUUUUGGAAUGGGUCUAAAAGCAACAGAUUUGGGGCGCGAUGACGCUCCGUGGUGCCUUGGAUACACAGAAGGGAAACCAAUCAUAUUUGCAUUCUGCCUUUGAUUGUAUGGAACGAUCGUUAAGUUAUAUCGUGAAACCUUAGCUGGAUCGGCACAAAAAGUCGCAUACGUGGGAUCAAAGCAUGAGCUUCGUUUUCUUCUCUCUCUCUCUCUCUCUCUCUCUCGUGGAUUCUACUCAUGCUAUCUUCGCUCGGACGUGGACGCUUAACAAUCCAGGGAAGAGAUGAACUAUUAGCCGUAGUAAUUAUUAUUAGUGGUAAUAUUAUUUGACAUCGUUUUGAGUAGUCGAGAUCAAUAAGCUCCUUGUGUCAGGCUGCUUGUUAGUGGAUUCAGUGUGUGUGUGUGUGUGUGUGUGUGUGUGUGUGUGUGUGUGUGCGUAGUCUGAAUGGGAUCCUGUAUCUAAAUUAGCAGUAAACAUUGUAAGGCGCGAGGCACUUACGCUGUUAGAAGACGAUACAUACAUACUUUGUCUAUCAGUAUAACGGGCGUCUAUGCUGUGUCACUGCCUGCAUUCAUCCAUGGACUCCCGGCGGCCAGCAAUAAACGGCUGCACCAACUAUGAAUGAGAAAAAGGUCGUGAGAGCGAACUCGGUGCCCCCCUAUUGUCCCCCCCCCCCCCCCCCCCCCCCCGCAUACGUGAGGCGUUUUUUUAUUUUGCGGUUUAACGAUUGAUAUUGUCACACGAUGUUACAAUGUUGCGUCGGCUUUGGCGGAGCGCGUUGAGGAGCACAUCGGAGGUCGACGGAAUGACGAAUAAGGUGCGCGCCCCCUCCCCCGCCCUGUAGAGUUGAGAUGGAAACGUUUGACGGAUUGAAAGAAAACAAUUUACGCGGAUGCCGGAUAAGGAACUGCCAGAUCGAGUGAGGAUAUGAACUUGCUUGGGAGGAGUGCGUGUUGUGUUUUGUUUUUGUUUUGUUUUUUAGCUCCCCUAUACGAUUUCAAUGGCAAAGCACUUUGAGAACAUGCUCCCCAGGAGAUGCGUCAAAAUAAAAAAAAUGGCGGUAAUUCGGAGGCGGGCGGGUGUUGUUGAUUUUCUUUUUUUUUUUUUCUUUUUUUUUUUUUAUAUAUAUAAACGUUGUCGGGCUGGUUUCCCAAUCACCCCUUUCCCCCCCUCUUGUUCAAGCAUAAGGACAUUCCAAUCAAAAAAGAAAAAACAUUCCUACUCAAGCAAAAGACCAACAUUGACCCAUUUUGAUCCCCAGGAUUGGAACAAAAAUAAGACAGUUCACUCAUCUGUGGGUUUCCUUUUACACUGUCAAGACAUGAUCUUUUGUUUUCCCUUUUUUUUUUUUUCUUGUACUUGAAUUGUUGUAUUUAUCUGCAUCACAGCCACAGUCGAGUCACACAGGGCGGCGGUCGGGUGGUCGUAACAUCCAAUAUUUGCACAUGUUCUUCGGAGGCCAAUGAGUUGAUUUAUUUUACGUGUCCAAACCACCACAAGUGACGCGUGUUGCUGUUCACUUUUUUAGUUUUAUUUCUUUAACGUCACCGUCGUCCUCUUUGAGCUUUGCUGCUUCAAAAUCAUCCACCAGGAGGGCCGGUCAGGCAGAGAAACGUUUUUUUUUGUGUGUGUGUGUGUGUGUGUGUUAGAGUGUUGUUUUCGAACGCCGCACACGCUUAAGGUUGUCGUAUUUUUGACUCACGAAAGACUUGAGGAGAAUGUGUGGACAUGUUUGAAAUAAUUGCGCCCCACCCCCUUCAUUUGUUCCUCUGCCGGAUGUAAGCUCUCACCCAAACCUUGUUUUUGUUUUUUUCCCUUUCCUGCAAUUUCUUGUAUCAAUUUGUGUUAUUGAUAUAUUCUACGGGGCGACCAGACCCACAAAAGGGUUUUUUUGUUUGUUUUUUUUUCUUUGUAAGAUUUAGAGAUACUGUAUUCCAAAGUGAAGAGAGGACAGAGGAGGUGUGAAGACAUCAAGAAAAAAAAAGAAAAAAAGAGUUGUUGUCUUUUUGCGCUGCUAAAAGCUAUGAAUUUGUUUCAUUUAUACAAAAUAACAUUACAGAGUUGUGAUGUGUCACUUGAGUGUGCUGCUAUUUUAUAAACAUUUGUAUUAUAAUAUAAUUAUUUUACUGCUUAAGAGAUAAAAAUUCAGAAACAACGAAGUAGAAGGUGAUAGAAGAACAUGGAAUGAGUAUCCGACUGGAAAUGUUCUUUGUACAGUUUUUGCUUAAAUAGCAUGUCUCCUUUACCCCUUUUGUUUUUUUAAAUCUAUUUUGCUAUUUUUCUUUAGUCACAUUCUGCAUCGAUGGUAUAUGUCCUAUACCUCAGGAUUACUGGCGACAUUCAACAAAACAAAACAACCAAUCCAUCAUCGAUACCUCUGCAGCUUAGGGAGCCUGGAAUAGAAUAGAAAAGAAUACAUUAGCAUUUUGGUGGCUGCACCUGCUGUUUGGCUUCCACUUGGACUUACUGGAGGGGGGGGGUGGGGGGGGGGGGGGGGGGGGGGGGUGUUCUGUCUAGCUUGUUGAAAAGCUGGUGUUGGUGCUACAUCUGACGUGUGUGUGAUGGAGGCUACAACAGCAUUCCAAUGACGGCCAAAGUACUGAAGUUGCUCUGCACGCUCACAAUCACCCUGAAUGUGGAUUAUGAGAAGGUGACCUGCACCUCGUUUGUACUCGGAAAUAUUGGGAUAUCUGGAAGUUUGAAUAGAGCAGGUUUCCCUUUCGGGCCCGACCCCUGGCCCCCCCACCCCCCCGGUUCCCCUCCUCCUCCACCACCAGAACUCACAUCAUGUACCUCAAAUGUCUGUUGCACAACCUCUGUUCAAUAAACUUCUGCUUUAAAGGGUGUGACACCA